AUGCCGCGGCUCGCCGAUGCGCUCAAGCGGCAGCGGCGCGCGUGGCUGCUCGUGGCGCUACUGCGGGAAGACAGAGACAAGUAUGUGGAGACAGUCUCCUUCCUCAAGAUUCCGCGGGACGAGCUCCCCAACCGGCAAGGCGAGCCGCUGGUGGAAGGUCUUAACGCGGAGGGGCUGGUGCCGGACUGCGCACUGGAGGACGUGCCGAUGGGCGAGAAUCCGCUCGAGGCGCACACCGGGAUCGCGCUGCUUGCACGGGCGGGCGAGACUGGGGUGAGCCGCAACCCAGAGAGGAGCAUCCGCGGGCUGAUCGACGAGAUGCGCCGCUUCAUGUUGUCGGCGGAGGGGGUGGCGGCUUCGUCGCAGCAGGAGGUGCUCGUGCGCACGCUGCGCACGCUCAUGACGCCGGUGCUGCCGCCCUUCUACCGCAUCUUCAUGGGCGGCCUCGUCCCACGGCACGACCCCGGCGACUCGCGCGCGGACCCGAAGUGGCUGGCUGACGGCGUGCAGUGGGUGCGCGCCCGGCUGCCGUUUGGAAGGAGCUACCUCGAGCCUGGCCGGCAGCUCGGCCCGUGGUUCUACGCGCCGGCGCUGACGGCCGUCGUGGCUCCGUACGCUUUUGGUUUCCUGGUCGGCCCGGCGUCGCUCAACCGUCGCGCCGACGGCGAGGUUGGCGGGCUGGUUGUUGAGAAGUGCAAGUUCCUCCAAGAGUCGAGCUGCAAGGGCACGCCUCUCCGGCUCGCGCCCCCCUCCUGUGUCACCACGAUUGCAGACCGGCGUGACAUCGAAUGCCAGUGGUCGUUUGGAGAGGCGGCGCCGCCGCCCGACGAGGACCCGACGUGGCCAAAAGGUUGCGUCGUCGGUUGCACGAGCCGAGAGGCGAUGCGGGAGCUGAGCGGCGGCGGGCCGGCUGUGCGGGCAUGCGAGUAA